UUAUAUCACGCCGUCGCCAUUUUGAAACUUUCCUGUGCGAAAACGAGGCUAUGAUGGGAAGCGUCCUAGGAUCGGUGCUUACAUGAAGCAGAAAAGCGAUUUUGAGCCGGUGAUGCUACUAUGGCAUAUUGUUGUGUACCACGCUGUACGUCGUAUCAAAGGCGAGAAUGUGAUCAAGGCUUGUCUUUCCAUCGAUUUCCGAGUAACCCGGACACCCGUCGCCAGUGGAUUGCCAAGAUAAGGAGAGAUGUUGGACCUCAUUUUCAGAUCACAGACAACACAAAAGUGUGCUCCAAACACUUUCCCAAGGACUGCAUAUUAAGAUCGCUUACCGGUUUGAACAAACUGAAAAACGGGAGUGUGCCGUCUUUGUUUACAUGGUGUCAGCCCAAGACCAGAAGGACAAUUCAACGCUUCCAGAGUGCGACUGGUGACUUUGGUGAGGAAGAGGAAGAAGUGGACAUUUCAAAUCUGCAUGAGGAAGAAAAGUCAUUACCAGUUUUGGAGGCAUUAUGCGAUCAUGACUAUGAGGAGGAGACCCUGUCUGUGGAAGAACAGCUUGAUGCAGCACAGAGGGAGAUUGCUCGUCUGCAGGAAGAAAAUGAAACCCUGAGAAGUGAGCAGUUUCAUCUCCAACGCUUCCAAUGUGAGCCCAAGUUGAUCAUGUUUUACACAGGAUUUAAAGAUUAUGACACCCUCAAAGCAGUCUUCCUAGCUCUAAAACCUACAGCAGAGUCUAUGGUUAGAUGGAGUCAAAUGCAAAGGCUAAAUCACACAGAAGAACACAUUGUGAAAGCUGGGUUCCAUGCACAACACCUAUGCCUCUUCGACCAGUUCUUCCUGUUCCUUUGUCGUGUGCGGCAGGGGUUUUUCACUAUGGAUUUAUCUGUGCGGUUUAAGGUAUCACAAGCCACAGUCAGCAGGACUUGUAUAACAUGGGGCAACUACCUGUUCUUUAUGCUUGGCACACUACCAAUAUGGCCAAGUAGAGAGGCUAUAGAUGAACUGAUGCCACCACUCUUUAAAAAUACAUUCCCCAAAGCACGGGUGGUGCUAGACUGUACUGAGAUCCACAUCCAAACUGCAAGCUCAAAGGUUCUGAACACGGUCACAUACUCCCAUUACAAAGGUACCACAACGCUAAAGUCACUGAUUGGCAUUACUCCUUCUGGGUCAAUUUGCCUAGUCAGCAACCUGUACACAGGCUCCAUCUCGGAUAAGGAAAUUACCAAAGAGUCCGGCAUUCUGAGCCUCCUGCAACCAGGUGACGAGGUCAUUGCAGAUAAAGGGUUUCUUAUCAGAGACCUCCUCACUGACAUAAAUGUCAAACUUGUAAUCCCAACAUUCUUGGGGCCAAGUGGGCAGUUCAGUAAAGCAGAAAUUACACACACACAAGAGAUUGCUCGCUUAAGGAUCCACGCAUCAAAGAAUACCAUAUAUUUGACAGUGUCAUACCCCUUUCACUGUGUGGUUCAGUUAACCAGCUAUGGACUGUUUGUGCUCUGCUUACCAACUUUCAGGGACCUCUCUUUUAAUCCUGUGGUAACAUCUAUUUGAAGGGGGUUAUCCAAAACUCGUUCUGCAUUUUCCUAACAAUAUACAUAGUUCAUGAUUACUAUGAUUAUAAACACAAAAUAUCAAUUUUUUCUGAAUUUCAGUAUUAUUUUUAUGAUUUUUUUUUAAAUGCAAAAACUCUCCAAUUUAAAAUAACAAAAUGUGAUUUGUUUUUCUCCCCAAAAUGCAUCAAAGUGGAUUUUGUAAGUUCUGGAUAAUCAUUCUUCCUUUGAGAAACAUUGAAACUCAUUGU